AUGCCCAUGGUUGCCUACCGGGACGUCUCGGGGCCAGCUUCGAGUAUGUCUCAGAGGCGACGGGCGGCUCGCUUCAAUCACAGGGUCGCCGCAACAAAUCGCAUCCUGGGCUCCCUGAACGAGAUGUAUAGCCAGGCGGGAUCAUCGGCAUGUUCGCAUUCAACCCCGACUGCUGCCCAGUAUGCCGCACAGAGUCACAUACUUCAGCAAGUGGAAGUGGUCUCCAAAAGCAUUCCCGUGUACAGUGAGCGUGAGGCGACCAGAUCGCUUCUGCAAUCUUGCCUCUCCUAUUCCGAAGAGGCCCAGACAACAGUUCGUCCUUUCAACCCAGACCUGGUCUCCCUACCUCGAGUUGGCUCUAGCCCUCCCCGUCUUCAGGAUCUUGUGGACCACUUUGGUCGUGAUAUCUUGAAGGACCCCGUGGGCAACAUGAGGCUGAGUCCGGAUGAGUGGGGCAGCAAGGUCGAGAGUGGUGCAGUUGUUACGCCCUACAUGGAUGUGGUCUUAAAGAAUGAUCCCAAGAAGUAUGUCCAGUUCGUCCAUUCCUUGUAUCUAGGGGGCAUGAUAUCGUUCACCGACCAGCCUCAGGACUUGAUGACGCCAUUCUUCGUGACGAAGAAGAGUGGCAAAUUGAGGCUGGUCCUGGAUUGCCGUGGAAUCAACCAGAGAUUCAAAGAACCCCCUGCCAUGAUGCUUGCAGCAGGCUCCUCCUGGGCCCAAGUCGAGAUUCCCGAAGGCCAACAUUUGCACAUCGCCCAAUCUGAUAUCACCGAUUACUUCUACUCUCUCCGUAUGCCGGAAGAACUGCAGGGCUUCUUCUGCCUUCCAGCCAUUCCCGUGGAGGCGCUGGACGCGUGGAACGUUGACGCGUCCCAUCGGCCUCACUCUGGACGCGAAGGCAUGAUCUUCCCAUGUUUUCGAGUGGUUCCCAUGGGCUGGUCCUGGGCUAUGUAUUGGGCUCAACGCGUGCAUCAGAUUCAAGCACUUCGUGGCUCAGGCCUUUCUCCUGAUCGGCUGUUGGUGGCUGAUCGGCCAGCUCCGUCGUUGGCGGAUGGCCAGCCACUCAUCAUCGCUUACGCGGAUAACUUGAACGUAGCAGGUACCUGCCCGGAGCAAGUUCAACGAGCUAAAGACUCAGCCGUUGCUCACCUCAGGUCCCUGGGUUUUGGCGUGCACGAAGAGCUUGACGCUUGCACCUCAGCCGCCUCCUUAGGGUUCCUCGUCGACGGCAUUGAGGGCACUGUGUCACCGAUCCCGCAAAAGGUUGGUAUGGUGGUCGCCGCUUUUAGAUGGCUCAGCAGGAGUCACUUUCUGGGGUUGCUGUGUGUACCAGAUACGCUGAUGCGGAGAAGGUUGCAGACUUAG